AUGCUCUAUCACGCUGAGUUCGUUGCCGCGAACCAGGAGACCUAUGCGGACAACAUCGCCCCCGGCACGGACAAGCAGGCCCACCUCGAGCAGCUCCGCGUGGACAUGCGCCGCUUCAAGACUGAGCACGGGCUCGACCGCGCCCGCAUCACCCCCGGCGUGAACGACACCGCUGACGCGCUCUUUGCGGCCGUUAAUGUGUUGCACCUCGAGGUCUCGCCCUCGAUGGUCUUCGCCGUCGCAUCCAUUCUCGAGCCCGAGCCCGCCGUGAACGGCGCGCUCCAGAACACGUCUGUCCCGGGCGUCAUCGAGCUCGCGGAGCGCCACAAGGCGUUCAUCGGCGGCGACAAUCAAAGCCAGGCGAGACGAAGCUCAAGCCUCUACCUCGACAACAAUGACGGGCAUAACGUCUCCGUGGAGCUGCAGUUCAAGAGCAAGGAGAUCAGCAAGCGCAGCAUCAUCGACGACAUGGUCGCGUCCCACCUCCUGUUCAAGCACCCCGAGCCAGGCGCGGCCAAGGGCACGAGGUGGGCCGAUCAUUUGUAG